UAGUUAGGGAGUUUUGCUGACAGAUAAAAUGAUUUGAUCGGAACAGAGUGGAUUUAGACAGUAACAGAUUUUUCAAAAGUUGGUUUUCUCUUUUUUUCAUUCCCAUCCUCUGGCACCCUAACUGGGUGGCGUGGCGGUGGAGCUCUGUGUUGGCAGCUUUGUUUGUUUGUUUAUUUGGAGGAGGAGGAGCAGAAUCUGGCGGUGGUAAAUUUUGACGGUUAUUGAUAUUGAUGACUUUAAAGCGAGAAAGGAACUGAUCGUCGCCAUUUCCCUUCUCCUUUCCUUCGCCGUUUCUUCAUUGAAUAAUUACGCUAAGAAGAGAGGCAAAAGAAAAGAAGAAAAGGUAUCAAACUUUUUUUUUUUCAGAUUUAAGAAAGAAAAAGGAACCCUGAGUUUUGUUACCAUUGAAUUCCAAUUCCUUCUAAAAGUGAAGCUAAUGGGAAGAAUGGAAACUAUUACAAAGCAAUCUCCUCAAGGUGCCAAUAAUGUUUGUCCAGCGCCACCCCCUUUACCAGGUGCAGCUACAAAUUUUCGGCAAAAGCGGUUAUUUAUGAUGAACAAUGGAUCAGCAAUAACUGGAAACAGCUGUGUUUCUACAGCCACCAGGGAUAUGUGGGAUAGCCUCUUUGAUGGAGGCUAUAGGGCGGACGUUACCAUUAAAUCUAAUAAUGGCGGCAUCAUCUAUGCACAUGCUAAUGUUCUUGGUAUGGCGUCUCCUGUCUUAAGAGGCAUGUUGAUUCAAGCAAAAGGCUUUGGUCAAAAGGGAUCAAUUUCAAUCCAUGGUGUUCCAGAAGAUGCAGUUCGGGUUUUCAUCCGAUUCUUGUACUCUUCCUGUUAUGAGAAAGAGGAAAUGAAGGAAUUUGUCCUGCCCUUGUUGGUGCUAUCACACUCAUUUGUUGUUCCUCAGUUGAAGCGAGUUUGUGAACAGCAACUAGAGCAUGGCUUGCUUACUCUAGAAAAUGUAGUUGAUGUCUUCCAGCUUUCAUUACUGUUUGAUGCACCUCGGCUCACGCUGAUUAGUCACCGUAUGAUCCUAAGGAACUUCAAGGUUGUUUCUGCUACUGAAGGAUGGAAAGCAAUGAAGAAGAGCCAUCCAGCACUUGAAAAAGAACUAGUGAAAUCCAUGAUUGAUGAAGAAAAUAUGAAAAAGGAGAAAAUCAAAAGAUCAAAUGAGCGGAAAAUCUAUCUUGAAUUAUGUGAAGCAAUGGAGGCUCUUGUUCACAUUUGCAGAGAUGGUUGCAGGACAAUUGGUCCACGCGAUAAGCAUUUCAAAGAGGAACAGAAACCUUGCAAUUAUAGAGCCUGCAAAGGGCUAGAAUUGCUUAUUCGUCAUUUUGCUGGUUGCAAGUUGAGAGUCCCUGGCGGCUGCAUUCAUUGCAAAAGAAUGUGGCAGCUACUGGAGCUACACUCCCGUCUCUGCGCUGAUUCAAGUUCGUGCAAAGUUCCUUUGUGCAGGAAUUUCAAGGAGAAGAUCAGGAAACAAAGCAAGAAGGAUGAGAUCAAGUGGAAAAUACUAGUGAAAAAGAUAUUGAGAAUAAAGAGAAUUGGAGGAGGUGCACCGUUCUCUGUGUACUUAAAUUCCAUCUCUUCACGACAAAGAAAGUCCAGGCUUCUCAGAUCCUGAUUCAUUUGUAAAAUUUAAUUUAACUUUGUCCCUUGAUGUAUAAAACUAUAAAAGCAAAGAAUCACUGCUUCCCAACAACUUUUCUUCUGGCUCCUUUUGCAGCUAGAGAAGUGAUAUGCAAUAUGCAAUUUUUGAUCAACCCCCAAAUCAUUAACCAUCAAGUUCAGCUUUUCCAAAAGCUAAUUCAAAGACGGGGUAUCGCCAAUUAAUGAAAAAGUUCAGAUAGGUGAAAUGGGAACCUAUUAUUGAUGAACAAAAUUGAAAGAUUUGAUUUAUAAGAUUUUUGUCAGAUAGUUUUGACCAAAAAAAAAAAAUCAAUGAUGUCACAUUCAUCAAUAUGCAAUGAUGUUUGGUGGAUCCACGAUAGACAAUCCAACUCCAGAAGCAAAUGGCAAAUGCAUAAAUGAAUAAUGGUCCCUUUCAAACUAUUCAAUGGCAAUUAUUCUUGUGGGGAAA